UUCCUUAAUUUGAACGGUAAAACGGUGACCAUGCCGAUCUGGGACAACUUCUGAAAACAAAUAUGACCCGGGGGCAUAUAGAGAAAAAUCCCAGCACAUAAAUACCCAGUUUGCGGCAUUCGGCAAUAGCCAAAACCCAAAACCCUAGCCAUCUCUAAAACCCUCGACUUUCCAUUCUCUCUCCCACAAAUCCAGACCUUUAACCCGAAUUCAAAGACGAUGCGAGGCCCUAAUCAAAGGAAGAAAACUCGAAAGCAAACCCUAGUCUCAGAUACCCACGAAAUCGAGCUCCUCAACUCGUGGAUCGAGUCCCAAAAGCCAAGCUCCGGUUCAAACCCGCUGUCGAUCCCUCCGCCGCCCGAUAGGUCCCCAGUUGGCCGUAUCUCCGACGGGAAUUACUCGGCCUAUGCGGGAUGCAGGCUUUUCUCGCAGCUGCCGAUCUCGAAGAAGACGAAAGAUGGAUUGGGGAAGAAGUAUAAGGUGAUGAGCGAGAUACAGCGAGCUUCGCUGCCUCAUUCGCUCUGUGGACGAGAUGUGCUCGGCGCAGCGAAGACUGGAUCAGGAAAAACCCUUGCUUUCGUGAUCCCGGUUAUAGAGAAGUUAUAUAGAGAAAGAUGGGGUCCAGAAGAUGGGGUUGGGAGCGUUAUUAUAUCCCCGACAAAGGAAUUAGCAGGACAGAUUUUUGAGGAGGUGAAUAUUGUAGGAAAAUACCAUAGUUUGAGUGCAGGCCUUUUAAUUGGUGGGCGUAAAGAUGUGGACGCAGAGAAGGAAUGUGUCAAUAGUCUAAACAUCUUGGUUUGUACUCCUGGUAGACUCCUGCAACACAUGGAUGAAACGCUUAAUUUCGACUGCUCACAGCUCCAGGUUUUGGUUCUGGAUGAGGCAGAUAGAAUUCUUGAUCAAGGUUUCCGAGUGGCUCUGGAUGCAAUUAUCUCUCAGCUCCCGAAGCGGAGACAAACCUUGCUCUUCUCUGCUACCCAGUCAAAGUCAGUGAAGGAUCUAGCAAGGCUCAGUCUGAAGGACCCGGAAUACAUCAACGUGCAUGCUGAGUCUACAACCGCCACACCUGAACGUUUGAGACAAAUAGCCAUGGAAGUUCCACUUGAUCAGAAACUUAGUAUGCUCUGGAGUUUCAUCAGAACGCAUCUCCAUUCAAAGAUCAUUGUUUUCCUUUCAACCUGCAAGCAGGUUAAAUUUGUCUAUGAGGCUUUCAAGAAAUUGCGUCCUGGAAUUCCUUUGAUGUGCCUGCAUGGUAAGAUGAAGCAAGAAGUAAGGAUGGCAGUAUACAUGCAAUUCUGUGAAAAAACCUCAGUUCUUUUUUCAACUGAUGUGGCUUCUCGUGGACUUGAUUUUCCAGCAGUUGAUUGGGUGGUACAGGUGGACUGCCCAGAUGAUAUUGCGGCUUACAUUCAUCGAGUUGGUCGUACUGCACGUUUUUCUUCUGAAGGAAAAUCGGUGUUAUUUCUCGAGCCCUCAGAGAUAAAAAUGCUCACGAAAUUGCAAGGCGCUGAGCCUAAGAUACCUAUACAUCUAAGAAAGGCAGAUGCCAAAAAGACAGAAAAAAUUUCAGGAUUACUGUCAUCAUUGUUGGUCAAGUACCCUAAUUUGCAGCAGCUAGCUAAAAGAGCAUUCAUCACAUAUCUCAAGUCUUUGCAUAAAAAAAGUGACAAGGAGGUCUUUGAUUUACCGAAACUUCCUAUUGAAGAGUAUGGUGCAUCAUUGGGCCUACCAAUGACUCCGAGAAUCCGCUUCAUAAGCAAGAAAAAGGGCAAGGAAGAAGAACCUAUGGAAACCACAAUGCAUAUUGAAAAUGGCCUUGAUGACAGUUCAGAAAUCUUGCAAAGAACAAAACAGAAAAAAGAUAAACCUAAGCAAGAGGCCGAAGAAGACGUUUUUGUGCCAAAAGAGACCUCUCUAGAGGUGGAAGGAAAUGGAGCUUCUGUUUUUUGCAGUUUGGGAACAAGGAUUUUGAAAAAGAAGAAACUGAAGAUCAAUGUUCACAGGCCAGUUGGCUCAAGGGUGAAGUAUGAUGAUGAGGGAAAUGUUAUCCCUCCUCUGGCUGCAUUGGGUGAUACUGAAAGCAGGGAUGAUGUGCUUCAACCUGAAAAAGUGAAAGAAAGGUAUAAAAAACUGCGACAGGAGAUGGACCUGCGAGAUAAGGAGGACAAGGUUUUGCUUAGGCAGCGCCUACGUGAAAAAAGAACCAAGGAGAAGAUGAAGUUGAAGAGAUGGAGGGAAGAAGAACAAGAUGAGGAGGAUGCUUCAGACCAGGAUGAAGAGGCUAAAAGUAAUGUUACCAAGAGAUCGAAGAUAUAUUUCAACAAUGAUAGUGAUGAUGACAAGCAAGAUCAGGAGGCAAAGGACAUGGGUCCCAUUCCGGAUUCUGUAUCUGUUACAGAGCAGGAAGCGCUCGCUCUCAAAUUGUUGAGUUCCAUGCACUCAUGAACUUAAAGGAUAAUUUCAUAUAUUUUGAUUGUUCUGAGAGCAGAAGAAAAUUUUGUAAUUGUAGGAAUUAUCGUGAAAUGUAUUUUAUUGUGUCCUGAUACUUUAUGAAAUGGAAUUCAGAAGAUUAUAGAUGGUACAGUAGGUUGAGGCUUAA